AAGUAAAGUACAAGUACCUGGAGUUAAGUCCAGUACUUGAGUAAAUGUCCUCAGUUCCAGUCCACCACUAACUGAUUAAUUAACUGAAUGUGUAUCUGUUGUUUCCCUCCUGACCUCCAGGUGGUGACGUUCUUUCAUUUUAAACUUUUAAUCUGAAAAACCCUGACUGGGAGGAAACAGGAAGUCUGGUGUCUUCACUGUGAUGUGUGUCUGGCGGUGGGAUAGCUGUGUAGUUUGUUAUUAGUGAGUUUUAAGAAGACAGAGCUCCAGGUAAACCCGCACACACUCAGAAUCCAGAGUGAGUCCAGCAGCCCCAGUGGAGCAUCUGCUGGAUUUCAGGACCAGAGAGGAAUGGAGGAGGACAACAAGAACCAGGAGCAGCGGAGCAACGAGGUCCCCAGAAGACAAGCAGCAGACUGGGACUCUGAUAGCAGCCAUGUUCAGAAACAGAGAGGAGGAGAGGGACCCAAACGUCACCACUGUCAGCACUGUGACAAAUCCUUCACAAGAUUAUGGUAUUUAAAGAUUCAUCAGAAAGAUCACACAGGAGAGAAGCCGUACUGCUGUGAUCAAUGUGGGGCAGCUUUCACACGACAGAGUAUCCUAAAAAUCCAUCAACGCAUUCACACUGGAGAGAAUCUGCACAGCUGUGAUCAAUGUGGGGCAGCGUUCAUACAACAGAGUCACCUUCAGUGUCACCAACGUAGUCAUACUGGAGAGAAGCCGUACAGCUGUGAACAAUGUGGGAAAUCUUUUUCUGAGAAGGGUACCCUUAAAUCUCACCAACGUGUUCACACUGGAGAGAAGCCGUACAGCUGUGAACAAUGUGGGAAAUCUUUUUCUAAGAAUAGUAACCUUAAUGUCCACCGACGUGUUCACAGUGUAGAGAAGCCGUACAGCUGUGAUCAAUGUGAGGCAGCGUUCAUACAUCUGAAUAGCCUUAAAUCUCACCAACGCAUUCACACUGGAGAGAAGCUGCACAGCUGUGAACAAUGUGGGAAAAUCUUUUCUGGGAGGAGUACCCUUAGAACUCACCAACGUGUUCACACUGGAGAGAAGCCGUACAGCUGUGAACAAUGUGGGAAAACUUUUUCUAAGGGUAGUAACCUUAAUGUCCACCGACGUGUUCACACUGGAGAGAAGCCAUAUUGGUGUGAACAGUGUGGGAAAACGUUUUCUCGUGAUAAUAGCCUUAAAGUCCACCAGCGCAUUCACACUGCCUCGUUGUGAACAUGUUUCAGAGCCAAGCUGUUUCCUCCUGCCUCCUCCUCAUGCCCUGAUAGCUGUAUUGUUCUAUUCUGAGCUUCUCUCCACAUUGAAGGCUGACCAGCUGUAACUUUAUCUUCUGAACAGCAUGUAUGUUACCGUGGCUACGACUACAUAUUAUGCUACUUCCCCAUGAU